AUGAUAGCUGUUAUAUUAAACCUUGCUAUAUUCACAUUUUUACACUAUGGUACUCAUUACCAACAACCUGGCAUAAAUUGUUAUCACAAUCUGGCUCAUACAAACAUCAUAUAUCAUCAAAAUAUUAAACAAAAUGGAGGAUAUUUAAAAAGAAUUUUAAGAGCCGUACCACAGGAUGACGUAAAUUUUUUACGUGAUGUAACUACCCACGUAGAUGAUGAAUUAGAAGGAAUCAGUCCUGAAACACUUGCAUUAUAUCCAAUGUUGCCAGGAUAUUCUUUUCCUAUUAUUAAUGAAUUUGUUCCUCAAGAAAAUUUCUUACAAAAUACUGUUGUUAAUGACAAUAACGAAGCUGCCUUAUUAAAUUAUUUAACAGAAAUCGCUAAUGGCAAUAAUAACACUGCUCCCGAUGAUGAAAGUUCAAAUGAUACCACCCCUUCUGUAGAUUCUGAUUUUAUAAUGGAUCGUUUAAAUUUAAUUUAUAGUAUGGAUGAACGUUGGGCAUCGCUUAUUACUGACAUGUUCACACAAUAUAAUAACCUUUCAGAAGCAUUUAAUCUAACCCAAGAAACAAUCCUUGUUGUAUGGAAUGAAUCUUGGAGACCACGUUUAGAAGCUAUGCUUAACACAAUUGUGACACUCUUUGAAAAUUAUAAUAUGUCUACACCUGAGGUAGAAGCUGAAGUUUUAGAAAUCAUUGAGCGCGCAAAAGCCGAAUUUCAAAUUUUCUUAAAUUCAACUAGAAUAGCUUUGCAAACAUCUUUUGGUUCCGAUAAUAAUGACGAACUAUUUGCACCAGAGGUAUAA